ACCGAUGCUCACUCGUUGUGUGUAUCUCAUAUUAUAUGAGCGCGUUUAUGGAGCUCUUAAAUUGAAGAAGUUAAGAGUUUCGAUUCGGUGGUGUUGUUUUUCUUAUAGUGAAGAAUCGUUAUUAGUGUAGGUGGUAUGCAAGGGACUCAAGGGCGUCGCGUCGUCGUUCGGGCGUCGUUUAUUAGACGCUCUUUUUAAGGCCGCCGCUGUCAACUUACCCGGAGGGGUACAACAAAUGGCGACCGAGAACAGUGAAGCUUCUUGCGAUGCCGAUCCAAAUUUCGCCGUCAUCUGCGGUUUCCUCGAACGUUUCGGGGCGAUGUGCGGUCUUAAUAACAUAGACUUUUUGGAUUUACAAGAAAUGCUCGAAAAUACCCAAGAAGUUCCUCAAGCACUUAUUGACCUUCACAUAAAGUUAUUGAGGAAGGCGAGGAAGUCUGUAUCUUCUGAACGUUGGGAAAGGGCACUUAUAAAGCUUUGUCACACUACAUAUUGUAGUAAAGACGGAUGGGAAUUGGAAAGGUUUGGUUAUAAAAAAGCUAGGAUUGGAUCUAAAUUGAGGAUUUUAAAGCAACUACUUGAGAUGCAAUUUGAUUAUAAUCAAAAAUUUAAAAAUGAUAUUAAUAAAAUGUCUGCUAUAGAACUUCGUUCACAACCAAUUGGAAGGGACUCUUCUGGAAGGAUUUAUUGGUAUCAAUGUGACGAAUCAUGUCGAAUAAAAGUUUAUAAAGAUGACCCUGAUGAUGAAAGUUGGUCACUUAUUGCAAAAGAUCGCGAUGGUUUAGUUAACCUAAUCACACAAUUAAAUAAUGGAGAUUCCACCAAAAGCAGCUCAGAACCUGUUAGUAAUGAAGAUAGUAACAGUGUGGAGGUUGUUGAAAAACCCAUUUUAGAUACAGGUCAAAAAUCGAAAAAUCCCAAAUCCACAGUUGACUUGAAAAUUGAUGAGUCUGAUAACGCCCAAAAUCAAACAUUGAAAACUCAAGAUUUAGUCAAUGAAGAUCAAAAUGAUUUAACUGAUGAAAAUUCAAUUGAUGAUGAAAAUGUUCAUGAUAAAAAUGUUGAUGGUGUAAAUGAUGAUGAAAAUUUCCAAAGUAACGAAGGAUUAGAUUUAAGUAUAAAAUCGAAACCCUCAGUUUUGGAUCAACCAAAAAAGGAGUUUAUGGGUAUUAAAGGAAAAUAUAUAAGGGAGGAAAGUGCGAGUGUUUCUGUUGGAAAAGCAGUUAGAAGCGCAAGUAAAGAUGCUCUAUCUUACAAAAGACCAUUAGAAGAAUAUGAAAUCGAAGAACCCAAAUGUAUAAAACAACGUAGAAUGAAUCGGCCAACACUUUUAAUUAAAAAAACUCAGCAAGAACCACAAAUUGAAGAGGAAUCUGACGAAGAUGAAGAUGUUGAUGAAGAAGAAGAUGAAAAUCUUGAUGAAGAAGAAAUCGAAGAUGAGGAAGAAGAAAUGGAGGAGGAGGAGGAGGAUGAAGAGAAUGAUGAAAACGACGAAGUUGGGGAAGAAAUUGAGGAGCCAAUUAUGUUAAUUCGGGGUCAAGGAAACGGACACUCAAAUAAAUCUUGUCCUAUAAUUGUAAGUGAGGAAAUCGAGGAUACUUUUUAUUUUUAUGGCGCCGGGAAUGGUUAUGAUUGUCAAACCGGAAAUGAAUCGACCGGAAAAGAUGAUGACAAAACUAAAACUGACAUUAAAAAUGACAACACAAACAAUGAUAUUCAAGAAGCUUCUAAAAAAUGCCCCGAACAAUCCACCAGUUCAUUCUUUUUCGGUUCAAAGACAUUCACAAUUGGUGCUUCUUUAAGUUUUGGAGCUUCAAUUAAUGCUACUCCUUCAAAGAUUAAUGAUCAGCCUUUAAAUGUUAAUGAAGAAUCUUCAAAGAUUAAUGAUCAGCCUUUGAAUGUUAAUGAAGAAUCUUCAAAAAUUAGUGAUCAGCUUUUAAAUAUUGAUGAAGUAUCUGCAAAGAUUAAUGAUCAUCCUUUAAAUGUCAAUGAAGAAGUAGCAAAGAUUAAUGAUCAGUCUUUAAAUGUUAAUGAAGAAUCUUCAAAAAUUAAUGAUGAGCCUUUAAAUGUUAAUGAAGACUCUUUAAAUAUUGAUGUAAAUGAAUCUGUAAAAGUUAAUGAUUUAAAUUCGACUCAUGUUCCUGAAAUUGUAGAUAAAUUAUUAGACAAUAAUGAUGUAAAUAAACCAGAACAUUCCAGUGAUGUAAUAAAAGAGAUUCAAAACGAUGAAAAAGUACAAGAAAAUGAGAAAAAUAUGACUGAAGAAGGUACAAAACACGAUGAUAAAAAUGAAUUAAUUGUUAAUGAUGCAUUAAGUAAAGAGAACAUUGAAGAAAAUGAUACAGAAAUAAUUGAUAAAGAAUUGAACAACGAAAAUGAAUCACAAAAUAAUAAUUCUACGAGUGAGGUGGAACCAGAACUUCAAAAAGAAGAAGGAGAAGAAGAUGAUAUUGAAUCUUUGGAACAAGAAACUAAGAUGAUUUCUCUUCAUGAUGACUCAACCGAUGGAAAAAUUGAACAACUUGAGCGUGACGCACGAAAUAUCUCUUUAGAUGACUCAAAUUUAAGUGAAGGAAAAUCAAAUUUGGAAGAAUGUAUGAAGGGAAAUGAGGAAAUUGAGAUUGUUGGGGAAACAAAUUUGACGAGCGAUCUUAAUAUUAAAGAAAGCGAUAAAGAAAUUGAGGAAAGUAGUGAAAGAUUAGUUCCGGAAAGCCCAACUAGAACUGAAAAUGAAGAAACUAAAGAAUCUGAUGGAAAAUUUGUUGGCGAUCAUACCGAAGAAAAAGUGGAAGAAACGAAUAAAGAAAAUGAUGAGGUCAAUUUGGAAAAAUUACAAGAAAAAAGAGAUGAAAAAUUGGAGGAAACUGAAGAAUGUGAUGAAAAAUUAAAAGAUAAAGAAGAAGAAAUAGAAAUAAUAGAGAAAAAUGAAACAUUAGAAAAUAAAGCUUUAAGUAUUGAAGAAAAAAGUACAGAAAACCAAGAAUUAGAUCAUUUACAAGAUUGUGGUGAAGAUAAUAAAGAAGUAGAAGAUAAGAUUGACCAAAUUGAAUCAAUCUCUAAAGAAAAAAACUUGAAUGUGGAAAAUGAUUCAGAAUUACAAAAUUUUAUAGAAUCCAAAGAAUUAGUAAUAACAACUUGUAAAGAUAAUAAAGAAAAUUUAAAAGAACCUGAUGUUAUUGAUGAUCAAAUUGAAAAUACACAAUUUAAUAAAGCAGAAGAAGAGGAAUCACAAAAAGAAGAGCUUCAAUCAAAUCAUGAAACGUCUGAUAAUUCAGAAGUCUCCAUCGAAAAUCAGCAAAAUGAAGCAAUUCUUAUUGAUCUAUCAACAAAGUCUACAAGUUUGAAUGAAGAAAGUAAUAAAGACUCAAACGAUAAAAAUGAAGAAUGUGUUUUAAUCGAAACAAAAACGAAUUUGGUGUCAACAACUUCCGAAAAAGAAAUUUCUUCGGACAUAGUUAAUGUGGAUAAUAAUAAUGAUAGAAAUCGAGUGUUAAAAAUUAAUGAUGUGCCUUCGAAUCAAAUUGAUAAAGAUAAUGAGAAAAUAAAUGACUCUGAUAAUGAAAAUUUAAAUGAUGAAAACAGUGAUGUAUUAUGUCAAAGUGAAAAUCAAAUUAAUUCCUCUCUGGAUAUUGAAGGUGAUGAACAAGAAGAAAUCGUUCAAAAAUUAUUAAAAAGUGAAAAGGAAAAUGAAAUUUCUAGAAAAUCGCCGAUCGUUGAAGAAUUAAAAGAAACUGAAUUGAUUAAUUCCAAAAUAAAUGUUUUAUCCGAAGAAAAAGAUGACGAAAUAAUUAGUUUUAAAUCAAAUGAUAUUGUAACUAUGGCAACCACUAAUAAAACAGAAAAUCUUGAAGAUGACAGUAAACAUAACCUUAAAAUUGAUAACCUAAAAGAAAACGAAACAAAACUGUUGGAAAAAGCAACUGAAGUUAUUGAAAUAACCGAUGAUUUAGAUAAAAACACUGAAAUUGAAGAGGUAGAAUCAAUUUUAAAUGAUGUUGUGGAAAAAUGCGCCAAAACUGACGAAGAAGCUUCAAUUCCUAUUAUAAAUCUUGACGACCAAGACGAUUCUCCUGACUCGGAUGAACCUGAAUUAAUUACUAAUUCGCCUUCAGAAAAUUCUUCACCGAAUGUCUCAAAGGAAAUUUUUAUUGAUGAUGAUGAGAAAGAAUUUAAUGCAAGUGAAAAUGUAUUAAAUGUCGAUGAAAAUGAACUAAAUCUUGAUAAAGAUGAAUUAAAUGUUGAUAAGGAUGAAUUAAAUGUUGAUAAAGAUGAAUUAAAUGUUGAUAAAGAUGAAUUAAACGCUGAUAAAGAUGAAUUAAACGUUGAUAAAGAUGAAUUAAACGUUGAUAAAGAUGAAUUAAACGUUGAUAAAGAUGAAUUAAAUCUUGAUAAAGAUGAACUAAAUGUUAAUAAGAAUGAAAUAAACCUUGAUAAAAAUGAAUUAAAUGUUGAUGAAGAUGAAUUAAAAGUCGUUGAGACAGAAUUGAAUAUUGAUGAAAAAGUUAAUAAAAGUGUUGAAAAAAAUCAAAAAAGAGUUGAUAUCAAAGGUGGUGGAGAUAAUGAUGACGUAAAAAAUGUUAAAUCACCUGCUCAGGAUGAGAUAAAAGAAAAAGGAGUUGGAGUGAAGAAAAAGGUCGUUAAAACGAAAGAUGUUGAUGCUAACGUUGAAAAUGGAGAAUCUUCAACACAAGAACCAAUACAGGUACGAAGAAGUACCAGAAAAAAAGCGGGCGAUGCCGUAAUUUUACCUGAAUUACCUAAGAUGAAGCGUCGUGGAAGAUCGCACCCUAAUUACAAUGUAAAAAAUGCUACACAAAAAUCUACCGAAGAGGAAAAUCCCAUCGAAAUACAAUCGAAACGAUCAAAACUCACUAAAAAUUCUUCGUCACCAUCUCCAAGAAUUGAAACCGAAAAGAAGGAAAAAAGAAAAAACGAAACGAAAAAAGAUAAAGAUGAAACUAAUGUAGAAGAAGGUGAAGCGAAUAUAGAAAAGGAUGAUGUGAUGAAUGAAGGUGAAGGAAAGAAAGAUAAAUAUGGGGCAAAGGAAGAUAUAGAUGGAGUAAAGAAAGAUAAAGAAGAAGCAAAAAAGGAUAAAAAUGAAACUAAGUUAGAAAAGGAAGAAACAAUGAAAGAAAAUGAUAAAGCAAAAAAAGGUAUUGUUGCAAAGAAGAAAAAAAGAGAUAAAGGUGAAACAAAUAAAGACGAAGAUGAAAUAAAUAAAGAUAGAAAUGAAACAAUAGUCGAUAUAGACGAAACAAACAAUGAUACAUCAGAAGAAAAACCAAAAACAAACGGUCCAUUUUUAUCUUGCGUUAACAUCCAAAAAUUACAAGAACCAAAACAAAGUACACCAUCACCACUUUCUAUAAAAUCAGCAAGUAGUGAUGAUGAUAAUAACAUAGAUGAUUUACCAGAGAUGAUGGUUGAAACUAUUCAUGACGCAGACGAUGAUCCAGAAGAAGUGGAUGAUGAUGAUUUCGACGAUUUAAAUGAUGAUAACAACAGUAACGAUAUCAUUUUAAUUGAAGAUGAUGGUCAAAACGAUAGCGAUGAUUGCGUGGAAGUUACUCCAACAGUUAAAACGAUGACUUUGAGUACAUUUCAAUUGGAUGUAACAGAUUCUCCACCGAGAUCUACGAAAGAAGUGGUAAGAAAAAAACGGACACGGGAAGAUGUCGAAAAAGGUGGUGGAAGUAACAACGGUAAUGACGAUGACGAAGAAGUUUUAUCAUCAAAGAAACGAAAGUUAAGAGGAAAACGACAAGUUGAUAAAGAUUUAAGGAGAAGUGUCGAGGAACAGAAGAAAAAGGAAACGAUCAGCAGCGAGGAUGAAGAUGGAGAAAAAACGAAAGAGAAAGAAAUAGUUGAGGCGAAAAAGAAACCGCCCGUUAAUAAGGGUGGAUACAAAAGGAAAAAGACCCUUUUGGGGUUGGAUAUUCCCGAAUCAAUUGAUUUCUUAGAAACAACUCCUGGAAAUGUACGACAAAGUCGAAGAAUCGCUCAGUUAAAGAUUAGGGAGGAAGCGGAAAGGCGAAAAAUUGAGGAGAUGACGAUGAUGGACGUCGAAAAGAAACGAAAAAGUAGCAAAAAAGACGAAGAUAAAGAUUAUAAAGUUGAAAAGGUUAAACAUAAAAAAUCAAAAACCUCAACUCAAGAAGAUGAACCCAUUCUUAUACAAAGCGACGAUGAAUCUGAAUUGAGAAAAAAGAAGAAGAAGCGGAGGAAAAACGUUGAUCCAAGAAAAAUUUUUGAUGAAAGUAAUCCAUGGAGAUCCUCAAGCGAUUCAAGUUCAAAUGAGGAAGUCGCAGAAGAAGAGGAAGAGGAAAUUUCUGAUCCCGGAAGUCCAUUAUUUAAAUCAGACCAUGAAUUUUCACCAGAAAGUGACAUAGAAGGAGGCGAAGAGGUGCAACCAUUAAAACGCGCAAGAACGGCUCGUAAAGAAGAUGAUUGCGAGGAAGUCGACGAUUGUUCUUGUCAAAAAUGUGGCAAAAAAGAUCACCCGGAAUGGAUUUUGUUAUGCGAUGGUUGCGAAAAUGGCUGGCAUUGUUCUUGUUUACGUCCGGCCCUUCUUGUCAUUCCCGAAGGCGACUGGUUUUGUCCACCAUGUCAACAUGUUAUGCUUGUUAAAAAUCUCGAAAGGAAAUUGAUCGAUUUCGAUAAAAAACUUGCCAAGCGGCAAAUUGUUGUUCGACGUCGUGAACGUUUAGCGUACGUUGGUAUCAGUUUAGCUAACGUACUUCCGGUUAAGAAGUCAAUUCAAAAUAAAGAUUUACCAGUAAUGAAAAAACGUGCUAAUAAAGUCGAUGAAGAAAGUGAAAGUUCAGACUCUGAAAGCAGUAACGACGAAGACGAAAGUGGAAGUGAAUCUGAAUCGGAUAGCGAGGAUGAGCCUAUUUAUCAAUUAAGACAACGCAGGCAAGCACAUAGUUAUCGGUUUCAAGAUUAUGAUGAAUUAAUUAAUUCCGCUAUUCGAGAUGAGAUGGAUGCUGUGAAGGGAGCUGGAAAUCAAGGGAAAGGUAAAGAUAUUUCGACGAUUGUUAAUGCAAAAGACGAAGAGAAAAGUGAUGUAACAAAACCGCCAGAAGAAGUUUCUGAAGAAAACUCAGUACAAAAAGAACCUGAAAAACAAAGCGAAAAACCAGAAAAUAUUCCCGAAGUUUCAACUGAAAUUGAGCACAAACGCACCGAACAAGAAUCUGACGAAGAAGAAGACGAAGAACCAAUUAAACCAGCUAAAAAAUUAAUUGGAAGGAAAAAACCGAGAAAACUAAAUAGUUUAGAUGUGAGUAGCGAAGAUGACGCUGAUUCCGACGAAGACUUUAAAGGAUCAAGUUCGGAUGAGGACGAAGAUGAUUAUGAAGAAGAUCUCGGCAGUGAUAGUAGCGAUUAUGGUGGUGGAGGUAGGAAAAAAGGACCUGUUCGUCGAUCGACAAGGGCGAGAAGGUCACGUUACGAUAGAGAUUUUAUUAACGAUGAUUCCGACGACGACGAUGAAGAAGAAGAAGAGAAGAAACGAAAAAAAGGUGGUCAUAGACCGUGGACGGAAACUGAGUCAGAAGAAAGCGACCAAUCGUGGGGUAGAAGAAAACGAAGCAAGAGAAACAACGUUUCAUCUUCAUCUCCGAAGAAACGAAAACCAAAAAAAUCAAAGAAACGUUUCGACGAUUCCGACGAAGACGAACGCCACGUUAAUAAAAAGAAAAGGAAAAUUAAAUACGGCGGGUUAAAUGAUGACGAAGAUGAUGACAUGGAAAUCGGGCGAAGAACUCGAGGAAAAAAAAUUAAUUACGCGGCCGUUUUAGCUUCGGAUAGCGACGAUGACGAACCAAAAAAACCAAACGAAAAACUCGAAAGCGACGAUGAUUUCGUUGCGGAAGACGCCGAACAAGACGAGGACGAUGAUGAGGCGCUCGAUGAAGAAGAAAUCAAAAAGAUCCAAGAAAUUAAAAACAACACAUCCAAUUUAGAGCCACCUAAAAUUGUUAUUCAAUCAAAUGUAGUCGUAUCCCAACAAAAUGUAUCAGAAAAAAUAAAAGAAAGCGGUGGAAACCAAGAGGAAGAAGAGGAUGACAUCAAUCCCAUCGAAGCUAUGAAUCGAAAUUUGGAAGAAAUGGAUGAGGAGGAAAUGGAGAAGUUAAUGGAAGAAGAGGAGUACGCUAAUAAACAACUCCAAUUAAUGGCAUUGCAAUUAGAAAAGGAGAAAAAGCGAAAAGAAAGAGAAGCACAAAAGAAAGUACAUGAAGGCGAUGAUGAAGAGGAAAAACCUCCACCGAAAAUUCCUCAAAAACGAGGGAGAAAGCCUAAAAAUUAUAACCCUAAUAAUGAUGGAGUUCCUAAAAAUCCUAACGAAAUUUUAUCAUCAAACCCACCCAACUUAGAUAUAAAUCAACUCAAUAAUCCAAUUAACUCCUUAUCGGAAACGGAUUCCCCAAAGAAACGACGUGGACGUGGUAAAGGGAAGAAAACGUUAGAAAAGGAAGCCGCGGCUGCUGCUGCAGCGGCCGCAUCAACUCCUGGACCACCCCCGAUUGUUGUUCCAACACCGAAUGAAAAUACUACUUCGGAAUUACAAACGGCUAAAUUAGCGGUGGCGGCUCCCCCGCAACCUUUCGCACAAACACAACCGGUUCCUUCGGUGAUCACGAGGAUGCUUCAAGGGGGGCGACCGCCAGGAAAUUACGGCCAAAUUGAUGGGUUUUAUGGCGAACAAGCAGUUGCUGGAGAAGCGGGACCUCCACCUGGAAAUGCUGCGAUGCCACCCGCACCACCUAUUGUGCCACCUUACAUUCAAGGGAAUGCUCCAUCACCACAAUAUCGACCGCCUCCAGCUCCACUAUUAAAUCCUUUCCACCGGAGUAGCCCAGUACCAAACCAACCCCAAUUAAGAUUAAGACUCCCAGCGCCGCCGCCACCACCACCACCACCUGGAGGAAUAUAUCAACAUCAUUCGUUGGAAGCACCACCUACCGGAGGUGCGUCGGUGGUUAUACCACCAACUGGGAGUACACCUGAAGACGGGGAAUCACCGGUUACGGUGCCACCUGAAUCAGAAGGUUCCUCUAAAACGGUUGAACAACCCCAGCAUCCUAGGCAACCACCUCAACCAACACCACCGCCACCGCAACUGGCACCGAGAUUUGGUACACCUCCGGUGGUGCCGCCCUCAUCACAUAUCAGGAUGCCGUAUCAACCGUCUGUACAGCACCCGACCAGUUACUUUUAUAUGCCUCCGAAUAUAGGAGGGGAAGAAAACAUGAAUUAUCCGUACGGGGAGCAGUUUUCGGAAACGAAUUCACCUCAGGAGGCAGCUAAAGGAUACGAGGAAGAGAACAGCGGUGAAUUUGGGGGGUUGGUGUCGUACUUUUCGAGCCAAAGGGAAGAUGAUUUAGAUACAUAGCUAGAGUGCGGUUCGGAAAAUAUCGAAUAGAAUUAAAUUAUUUAUUUUUGUUUUAUAUUGAAAAAGGACGAUUCUUUUUUUAGUAACUUUUUAUUUUUUACC